CCAGUAAGCACAAGUCUUCCCAUGUGACUUUUGUAUAAAAUCUUAGGAUCCCCAAAUAUGCUUUCUUAAAAUUUGAGAAAAUGAUUUGUCAUUAAAUAUUGUCUUUUACUAAUUAACCGGCUUUGAUUCGGAUUGUGGUUCCCUGAGCAGACUAUGCUUGCAAAGAGGAGCAAAAAUGUUUUUGACCAUCAAAGUACAUAGACCUGUGGACUUAGUGAACUCAUUGCCCUGAAAUGAAAAAGAGGCUAGCCAAAUAGCCUCUUUCACUGUGAAAUCCAAUAAUUCAUGAUAGAACGAUAACAAAGAGCUGUCAAGUAGACUAGCCAGUCACAUAGUAUGGUAGUUCAGAAAGGGGGAACUGAGAAAGAAGUCCAAGAAUGAAACCAAAAUUACCAUCGGAUACCAUGGAGGAUAUCUGUGAAAGGUUCAACCAUAUUAAUAACAAAUAUCUAAAACCACUGCUGCUGCGACAAAAAACAAUUACUCGGGGUGCGUCCAUAUUAUCUGUAUACACAAAUCUAGCGAAACAUGACGCUAUGCAACAAGUCGAGCAGUCGGCAUCCAUGGGAAAUGUCCCUCGUAACAAUAGUGACUAUAGCAUGAUUGGUCUAAAUGGCUCAGACCCAACUAUGCAAAACAGUCAAGAUGUUGUCCGAGAUCCAGCAGUUAGGUUCACUCAGGGAACUGCAAGAGAUGACAUGUUGACAUCAAAAUCUGACAAAGACAAGGUCACUUUGCCUCGAGACAACAGCAAGGCCCAGAGGCUUGUUCUAGAGGCUAUGCACUCACCUAGGAAACGGUGGGUCUAUAAGCAUAAGAAACACAUGAUUGGAGAGGUACGCAACCACCCACCAUUCCAUCACCAUACGAGACACCGUCUCCGUCAAAUCUUGAGCAAGCAGUAUCACAAAGAUCGUGUAACAAAACAAGAUGACAACAAAGAAAAGACGAGUGAGUUAGACCGUGAAGGCAAAGCAAGGCUUGAAGUGACAGAUGAAGUCACGAAUGAAGUGACGAAGACACUUCCACCUCAAAAUCAGGAGGCUGCCAAAUUGAAAGGCAAGAGUCAAAGUUCUGAGGAAGGAAGUGAUCAUGGUAUAACAUUUCUUACAAAUGAAAAUGCCGAUGCCUCAAAUGAAGAGCAGCUCUUUGUUGAUGUGACUGAAAACAAUGAAAAAGCAGAUAUCGAGUCCCCAAUUCCAACUCCGGUUUCCCCUGUUGCCGCUGAGACAUGUCUACCAUGGAAACGCAACACAGGAAGACCUCCAAUGUCGUCGUCUGACCUACAUUCCCUCCCAAAUGAGUACGACCCUGUGUCGUGUCAAGUUCCCCCUUGGGUUGAUACACGUGUGACAUGUGUCGCAACUCCCCCUGCUACAACCCCCGAGGCAGACAAAAAUCUUAACCACCUGACUGUGCCAUCUAAAGACAUACAACCCCCUGGUAAACAUAAACAUUCAAAACCUGAAGACAAACUUAGUCCCAAAUCUUAUAGUCUACCCAAUUUUAUGCAAUCUCAAUAUGCAAUAGAAAAUGAGCUGGUUGCUACGCCUGCUGAUGAUUGUUGUGACAAUGGUGACAAUCUACCGUUGCCAUGGAGAGCUAAUGGCAACGACACAGAAGAUACACAAGAACCAAUGACAUCACCCUCUGCGAGCCACGAUGUUGACCUCCGACCUCAAUCAUCCAAUCAUAGCUUUAGAAUUGAUCAGGACCACUGUGCUGAAUCACACCAUUCUGAGCCGGUAAAUGUCAUCCCAUUGGUCGAUCGUCGCCAAGCUAGUUUCUGCGAUAUUGUCCCAGAUACAUUACUUGUCUGUGACGAUGUUGACACAUGCGAAAUGAACCCUCAUGAUAAGAUCAAUGAUUGGUUGAGUAAGCACGAAUCAGACCCCCACUUAGAUGGUAAUUUGAAUUUUGGGGAUCAUGACACUCUCCAAGAUGAAAUUCAUGAUAGUGACUCGCACUCGCAACAUGGUGACGAUGAUGCUCACAGCGACGAAUACAGUGCUCCAAAGUGUCACUUUCACAUACCCUCUGACUCAAGUGAUGAUAGUGAUGUCAUAGACAAUGUCAUCGUCGCUAACAAAGUCAACGAUGUGAUAAACAAUAUCAGCCAGUCGCAUAUUGAUUGCAACACGACUGAGUUGGCGGCUUAUUCUAAAAACAAUAAAAUCGACAAUAGUAGUAAGAAGGAUAUUAAUAACAAAAUAAAUCAGGACCUCACUCACCAAGACAAUAAGAAGCAAAAUAUUUGCCAUCAGGACAGCGAUAAAACCAUUGAAUCGCUACCACAUAUAUGAAAUAACUUAUGAAAAUUAUGGGUAAAAUAAUGAGUAAAAAUGGAUAUUUAUUGAAUGCACUGUAAAUUUGCUUUUUCAUCAAUUUUACAUUACAUGCAGUUAGACACCGUUUGCAGUAUAUGGAGAGAGAACUAAGUUAUAUUGGAUGUAUAUAUCUGAUAAAUUGGGGAAUCUUAGUAACUACUACAUUUGUAUUUCAGGAGAGCUAUUUUUCCUCCAUUACAAUAGAGUUCAAUGUACUUUCAUUAAAGUAGAGUUCUCAAGAGCUUUUCCUAGAGUUUUUGGAUUUCAAAAGCAAAAAUAAAUCAACCAUUUUAUUCAAGCUUGAGAUGGGAUGGGCAAGAAGAGUCAAGACGAAAGUAUUUCAGCAAUGGGUUAUUCAUAUGUUAUUUUAGUUUUUCAGUUUACCUACAUGAAGAAACAGCUAUUUUAUAAGAAACUCUCAAAGAAAAAUUAUACAAUCUAAAAAUUGAUACAUUUUAGUUUCACAGCUACACAGCUUUUGAAGAGUAAUCAAAAAUUGUUCCAUUUCAAAAAAUUUUCAUUUGAUACAUGCAUGAAAAAGGUCAGAAAUAAGAAUGCAUGAUUUUUGUAUUUAAUACCUUAGUGAUUAUUAGUCAUUAUUGUUUAUCAAACAUCCUGUUAACAAUCAUUUAUACAAACUAUUAUAUCAUGUUCACUGGUGGUUCCAGGGACUUGAAAAUUGGUUUAACUUUGGCUUAAUUGUUUAACUUGGCCUCAUUUUGAGAAAAUGGGCCUUAUCUGGAAAAAACAUAUAACUGAAAAAUGUGUCCACAUUUUACAGAAAAAUUGUUUGAAAAUAGAUUUUUAACUCCCUGUAAACUUCCAAGACAACCCCUGUGUAUAUUUAUUAUACAUUUAUGUUGAUUAGUAUUUCCUUUAUCUUAUCAAAUAUACAUUCCACACCAAUGCAAUGAUUACUUAAUAAUGUAUUAAUUAUUGUAAUAUUUAAUCAUUACUAUGGUAAAGGAAAAUCUGGAGAUGAAAAUAUUGAAUAAAAUAAGUAGGUUUCUGAUGGAAAUAUUUAUGAAAAUGAGAUGUGUGUUAUGAUGAUUAUGUCAUUUUUAGUAUAAAUAAAUUGAUGGAAUAAAAUUCUAACAAAG